CUGGGUGAAGGGUGGAAGGAUGCAGGGUUUGGUCAAUUUUCGGGUAAAUUUUGGUCUAUUUUUCCCUGCCUUUCUGUUUAAAUCACCUAUCCCUACUUUUUGUUGUCUAAGAGAGCCUCUGGAUAUCCAGUGAGAGCCAUUUCUCCUCUGUGAUGACUCUUUAGCUUUGGGUUUGGUCUUGUUUGAUUUCAUGAACCUUCUGGAUUCCUGGAGCCCUCCUUGGAAAUGGAAACACCAAACUCCACAUCCGUGUGGAAAGCACCAGGAGGGGAGGAGAUGGGCUUGUCUGGGUGUAUUGCGGCUCUGAAAAUGAACAGGAAACAGGAACACUGCUGCAGCUUUCCUGAUAAAUUUCCCUUUGGAGACCAGUUUGUGCAUCUUGCUGUUAUUUCCAUGUCCCAUUUUCCCUGUAAAGUGGUUGCUUUAAAUAAGAGAAUUUGGGAGACACCAAAAAGAUCCCUUAUGUAUUUAAUUUGCUCUCCCAGGUCCAUGGUGUUAAUUUUUAACCUCCCCUCUAUUGAGGUAUGUGCCCUAAGUGCCAAACUGGCAAGACUGAGUUGUCACAAGAUCCUAAAUUUGAGCCCGUGACCAUUUUUCACCAUUUUCCUUUCCAGAGGAAACAGGACUUACACAGUUCUUCCACCUGUUUGGAAGCUUUCACCAAACAAUUUGGAACCUAUCAACAGCCCAUUCCAGGCAGAUCUGUCAGAGGGACUGAAACCACCCCUAGAUCAAGGUCUUAAAAUUGUGGAAAGCUGGUGACUGAGGAGGGAAUAAUUCCCCUGAGUGAAGGAAUAGCUGUGGUUUGGACUUGGCUGGUUUGUCUUGCUCCUACUCAUGGAGGGUGGGGGCAUUGGAGAGUUUGUGGCAACAGCUGCAGUCUGGAGAGGCUGGAGAUGGGUUUGUGGCUGAGAGAGGGCAGGAAAAGUUUUCAUGGAACAACUGAUGAAUUUAAAAGAUCACAAAUAUCAGGAAGCCAAUGUUGGAAUGUUUUUAAUGUACUUAGUGCAGGUCACUCGGCUUGAGGUUUCUUCCAGCCCAAACAAACACGAAUUUGGCUGGGAAAUAAGUGUUGUCUUUCUUUGUCUCUGGAAGGUUUUCAAGCCAUACCAGGCGUCCCAGCACGACAUGUGCCGCUUCCACUCCGAGGAUUACAUUGACUUCCUGCAGAGAGUGAGUCCCAACAACAUGCAGGGCUUCACCAAGAGCCUCAAUGCCUUCAACGUGGGCGAUGACUGCCCAGUGUUUCCAGGCCUCUUUGAGUUUUGCUCUCGUUAUACUGGGGCCUCCCUGCAGGGAGCAACACAACUGAACAACAAGAUCUGUGACAUUGCCAUAAACUGGGCAGGGGGCCUCCAUCAUGCCAAAAAGUUCGAGGCUUCUGGUUUUUGUUAUGUUAAUGACAUCGUUAUCGGCAUCCUGGAGCUGCUCAAGUAUCACCCACGUGUCCUGUAUAUCGACAUCGAUAUCCAUCACGGAGAUGGGGUGCAGGAGGCUUUUUACUUGACAGACCGUGUCAUGACAGUGUCAUUUCACAAAUACGGGAACUAUUUCUUUCCUGGCACAGGUGACAUGUAUGAGGUGGGUGCAGAGAGUGGCCGUUACUACUGUCUGAACGUGCCCCUACGGGAUGGUAUCGAUGACCAGAGUUACAAACACCUCUUCCAGCCAGUCAUUAACCAGGUGGUAGAUUACUACCAGCCCACCUGCAUAGUGCUGCAGUGUGGUGCUGAUUCUCUGGGUUGUGACCGUUUGGGCUGUUUUAACCUCAGUAUCAGAGGCCAUGGGGAGUGCGUGGAGUAUGUGAAGAGCUUCAACAUCCCCUUGCUGGUCCUGGGAGGAGGUGGUUACACAGUCCGGAAUGUGGCACGAUGCUGGACUUACGAAACGUCAUUGCUUGUAGAUGAAGCAAUUAGUGAAGAGCUACCAUACAGUGAGUACUUUGAAUACUUCGCUCCAGACUUCACCCUUCACCCUGAUGUCAGCACAAGGAUUGAAAACCAGAACUCCAGGCAGUACUUGGAUCAGAUCAGGCAGACCAUAUUUGAGAACCUGAAGAUGCUGAACCACGCUCCCAGUGUGCAGAUCCACGACGUGCCCUCAGACCUGCUCAGCUACGAUCGCACGGAUGAGCCCGAUCCAGAGGAGAGGGGCUCUGAGGAAAACUAUAGCAGGCCCGAGGCUGCCAAUGAGUUUUACGACGGUGACCAUGACAACGACAAAGAGAGCGAUGUGGAGAUCUGAGGGCUCUGGACUGCUGGGCAUCCCACAUUGGACAGGGAUGCUUGGAGCACUUAACUGGGCUGUGGAGGAGCCCUCCCUUCAUCUUAGACUGCACGUAGUGGCAGCAGGAACAACCCCACUGCAGGAUUCUGCCGCCUGGAGAGGCAGACAACAGUGAAACGUGUUCCUGAGUUUCCACUACGUGUCAUGGUUCCAGCUGUCACUGCUCUGGGAAAAGGGGUCCAUGCUGUGUGCUGGUUGACAGCCUUGGGACAGCUGUCAGAGCCUGACCUAUGCUCUGUGACUCCCCUGCAGGCUCCUGCCAACUGGGAGCUGGAGCAACUGUGCCUGCCGUCUCUGCCUCUGUUCCAGCACUACCAGAUCCAUCCUGCUCUCCCCAGCCCUCCACUCAGGUACCACUCGACUGUGCUCUGCAGCCUGCACUGAGUUGCUUCCUGAUGGCCCUUCCAACCAUUUGGUACUCCACAGCUUGAGGAAAACUAUUGGAGACCAGGCCAGUUGUGGGGUCAGGGUGGGGAGUGUCUCUGGAGCAGGGAGCAAGGGAUGGAGGCUUGUUCCUUUCCCCCACACCCAGACUUGCAUUCACAAGCGAGUUCUGCAACACUGCUGAGUUGGAGACCCAACUUCCCUGGUGUGUUUGUUCUCCAAGAGGCUAAAAUCCCUGUGGAACAGAGGUUUGGCUGCCAAGGUCAGUACGUGGUGCAUCUUACAUCCCUAAUGCAGCUCCCAGCUGUCUUUUCCACGUUCACACAUGGCCCUUCUGUUUGUUAGCAGGAGAUUUGGGCUACUUGCUCCGAGGGGAAAUCAUUCCCUCUUGACUGCACCCAGCAGACAUGGGUGAGGGAAGCUGCUUCCUCCAAGUCCUAUGCCUUUCUGCCCUCACCCUGCAGAGAUUUGUCUCAGCCAUCUGUCAAAUCCCAGACUUUGCUGCUCCCUCUCCCGAGCUGUCAGCUGGUACCUGUGGUGGUUUGGAAUGUGCUGUUUGGGGAACUGGGAGGGUUUAACCUCUGUCUGUGCUGUUCUGUUUGUUUACUGAUGUCUUUAAAGAAGAGGCAGUAUUUUUCUUACCUGA